AUGCCCAGGAGUGAGGGUCGUUGGAGCCAGCUGGAUGCUGCCUACCACGAGGGCAUCAGGGGGCUGCUGGGGUCAAGAGGCUCCAGGGAGCUUCAUCAGGGUGCCCUGCCUCCCCAACUAGCUUCAGAGCUCUUCAAAUUCAUGGGCAGAUUCUCACAUCCUGACUUUUUCCCACAGUCCCCAGCACCAUGCAGACUCAGCGUCUCCAUGGAAAUCCAGGAACUCUGCCUUCAAACUGAGUCUGGGGCCCAACUGCUCCUCACCACCUCUGCUGCUGCACCCUGGUCUGAGCCCCGUUCUCUCUGCCUGGGUCCCAGUGACUGCACCCUGCUGGUGCCUGGUCCCGCUCCUGCCCCGGAGAGUCUGUCUCCACCCAGCAGCCUGAGAGAUCCUGCUGAAAUCAGGACCUGGAUCAAGAUCUGUUGUGUCUGUCAGUACUUUUCCACUCUGAAAAACCAGUCCCUCCGAGUGCUGCCCCUGAGAGUCAGGGGAAGCUGCCAAAAGGCUCAUGGGGGUGACUCCGUCAAGAGAGGAAGGAACUUGGAGGACCCUUCACCUUGUGUGUCUGCAGCCCGUCACCCACGCAGUGAAUUACUGGAACCAUUCUUUCUAUCCGGGGAUGCCUUGGAGACCAGCUGGUCCAGAGGCUGCAAACUGGCAGCCAAACACUGGAUGGGGCUCAGGGAACGGAUGGUUCUGUUUGGCCCUCAGCACGUUCUGAAAGCAGGUUCAGCGUGCCUGCGAGCAGUCGGGGGAGUGAAGUCCACAGAGCGCACCGCUCCACACUGCCCUGCUGCCAGCCGGAUUCAGAUACCUGCUUUCUUUGCGUGGACCUCUGUGUGGGCCAGCUGUGCACUUCACGGAGUCCCGCCGUGGUGAGUGCCUGCCCCCGUCUGCUGGGAGCGUGUCACCCUUCGCAGAGAGGAAUGCCGGGCCUGGGCCGACUGCAUGUGACACUCAUCUCGCCCCGCCCCUGGCCACAGCAUCGUACCUGUUUCUGCUCAUUCUGUUUUGUUGCUGUUGUUCUGGUUUUUGUUGUAAAUUUUAUGAUAUAACAUACAUGCCAAAAAUGCAGGUAAUCAGUGCACAGUUGGGUGGAUUUUCGAAGUGAACACGCCCAUGUAAGCACCGCCCAGACCCAGACAGAGAAUGUAAACAGGUCCCCUGUGUGCUCUCUUCCAGUCACUGCCACCCCCAAGGGUGACCAUUGUUCUGGCUCCUACUUUGUAUAAAU